UCUUCUGGGAAACAGUUUGGUAUGUAAUAUUUGUUAAGAGAAACAAUUGAUGGCGAUGUUUUGUAUAGCUUGGCUUGGUUGUUCCUCUGACUUUUUUUGUGGUUUGUGGGAACUUUUGGGAAAGUUUCGUGGAAAGGGGUGGUCGAAUUCCCACUUAAGCCGCCUUUGCUUUGGUAUUUUUUUUUCUCAAAAAGUCGCUGUCAUUUUAUGCGUUCUUUUCUUUUUUAAUGGUUCUUAACAAUCACAGGUUUAACAACCCUUUAUGCACUCGAAAUGUCCGAAGUUUUCCCAGUGCCAGUCAAUUGUAUUGAAUGUAAAUUGUAGGGCAUGCGUAGUUAGAUCAAACCAUUGACAUAGUGUUACAUCUAUUUAUUUUUUAAAGUUGUAUUCAAGCUAUUUCGUAUUUUCGAUCAGUUAUUCGUAGCUUUUCAUUUUUUCCCGCAAGUUGUGCCAAUAAAUGAUUUCAACUAAAAAAAUCCGUUGCCGUUGAUGAGUGUGAAUUAUAUUAUACUCAAAGCGUCGGUUGUUGAUUAGAUAUUUACAAUCGUGCGUUUGGUUUUUGGAAAAUUUGCUUGCUUUCGCGGUCAGCAGAUACUAUCCAAUCGUCAGUCGCUCAAAAACGUUGCAACCGUAGUUUGCAUGGAAUUGGUGUUGCAUAUUCCAUUGUUAUUGCUCUGUACAAACACCUGUCUAUGAAUACAAUAGUUAUAUUUUCCAUCUUUUAAAACAGUUUACUACGCACUGUACUACGCUUGCUUCGUUUCCUAUGGAAUAAUUUCUUCUUCGUUUAUCUCGCUAAUGUGGUUCAAAUCGACAUGGUGUCUGAAAUUGUAUCUGAUAAAUCUUCUCCUCGAGUGUCGAGAAAAUCUGUUGCCAAACCACAGCGAGUUACCUUUUCCAAUAGAACAUUCAACACAAAGCCACCUUUGCCGAAUAUUAAUUCAAGCCCAACGUCCAAUUUUUCUUCUCUUGCAGCCUCGAAAGGAAAACAGAAUUCGCCUGUUGUUGACUUCAUAAAAGCGAUUGAACUUCGUCCUGUUUUGUGGUCGGUUGACGAUGCUCAGUAUGACAACACGCAGAAGAGAGAAGAGGCGUGGAGAGAGAUAGCAGAGUUGUUUCAUUCUGAAGUCGAAGAAGUGAGUUCGCGAUGGCGUCAGCUUGCGACCAGGUACGAAAUCGAAUGCCAUAAACUCAAUUCAAAACAGCGGCAGCAGAAAACACCCAAAUGGUUUCGAUCCAAGGGUGCAAAUGCCAGCUCACCCGGUUGGGGAGGGAGUUCGAAUUCUUCAGCCUAUUCUUCGUUCUCGUGGGGGUCAUCGUGGCCACUAAUGAAGCACAUGUGUUUCCUGGCUAACAGUGCGACUGAGUUGACCCAGUUGAUUGCCAGACAAGUGGCAGAGAAUCAAAUCUCCGACAUCAAAAAUGAUUUCCAAUUCAAAAGAAGGGAAUGCUUCGUGUUCAUUCCAGAUGAAAAAGCCCCACCGGAAUCUGGUAUUUGUGCUUGUGGGCGUCACGUAGACAAGCAUGCGAAGACGCGAGAUAAUUUGACGAAUGCGGAACAGGGCGUUAAAUGGUCGGCUAAAGAGCACACAAAGGAAGAGCCGACUAACUCAUUCGGAGAAAUACACUUCUCAGGCACCGCCACAAACCGAACUGCUCAUUACAUCCGAGUAUCUACGGACACGAAUGUGCAUCGCCUAGUGGAGUUUGCAUACAAGCACUGGAAGCUGCCCCAGCCUAAGAUGAUAAUAUCAAUCACUGGUGGAGCAGGGGAUCUCAAGAUGGACAAGAAGCUCAAAGAUGGGCUCAAAAAGGGACUCAUGAAGGUGGCCGUCUCCACUGGUGCUUGGAUAGUGACUGGCGGGUCCAAUGCGGGUAUCAUGAAGCUGUGUGGAGAGGCAGUACACGAUUACAUUCUGGCCCAUGGGGAGAAGGACAACUCCCUUGUGACUAUAGGAGUGGCCACUUGGGGUGUAAUCACCAACAGACACACUCUUGUUAGCAAAGAUGGCAAUGGGAAUUUUCCGGCAGAGUACAGUGGCAAAGUAUCGGAGAAGGAGAAACAACUGUACCGUGCGACGAGGGGUCAGAAUCUGAUCGAGUGCCACCUAGACCCCCACCACACCCACUUUGUGCUGGUGGAUGACGGGAGUGAGGGCCAGUUUGGGAAGGAAAUGGCCAUCAGAGGAGAGAUGGAGGCUGAGAUAUGCAAGAAUGAAAUUCAUGGCAAAGCGGCAGCAGCUGGCAAUUCUGAUCUAGAUGGAGCAACGGCAUCUGUGGAAGAUGAGCUCAAAGUUCCAAUCGUCUGUGUUAUGGUGGAAGGAGGCCCUGGAACCCUAAACACAGCUGUGGAAGCACUGAAACACGAAACACCUGUAGUCAUUGUGGAGGGCAGUGGCAGGUGUGCGGAUGCAAUUGCGUACGUCUACCAUAAAAUGAAGAAGAGAACAGUCCAAUCAUCUGCAGAUACAAACUCAAAUGAAGCUCAAGAGGAAGAGUACGGGAUUGAUCCGCAAGAGGCAGAACAGGUGUAUAAAAAGACAUGUGAGAUCCUGGGUGUGAAAGAAGAGCAGGGCAGGAUGUUCUACGACAAUAUCCUUUUCUGUGUCGGUUGCAGGAGUCUCCUCACUGUGUUCAAACUAGACGGCAGGAGGACUUCAACGAGAGACAUUGAUAUCGCUAUCCUCAGAUCACUACUCAGUGUGAGCUCGAACAAGUUCGAGCAACUGAAGUUGGCGUUAGCCUGGAACAGACUGGAUAUCGCCAAGUCAGAGAUAUUCUCCCUUGACCAGAGUCAGUCUCUCAUUAGUAUAGACCAGCUGCAGCAGCUGAUGUACCAGGCUGUGUUGUCUGCAAAAGUACAAUUCAUCCAGCUUUUCAUAGAACAGGGCGUCAUCCUCAAGGAGUGGCUCACUCCUAAAGUGCUGCAUGAGCUAUACGUCAAGUCUUUUGCAAAGUCCGGGUUCCUGAAGAAAUAUCUCAAUCAAAGAAUUGGCUCGACUCCGGGAAAUUUCCAGAUGAAAAUGAUCGGAGAGUUGCUUCGAGAUUUCGUUGGAGCAAAUUACAGUGCAUUGUACUUCGAUGAGAAAUAUUCCGAUCUGAAAGGCGCGAAUGCAAAGCCAAACGAAAAGUUUCUUAAUGCGACUCGUGAACUGUUCCUGUACUCGGUGCUCCUCAUGAAAUAUGACAUGAUGCGCUUCUUUUGGGAAGAAGGAACGGAACAGAUCGCAGCCGGUCUCUUUGCCAGUAUCAUCCUUAGACGCAUGGCAUCCCACCCUCUUCUGAUGAAUGACGUCGACCAACAAGAUAGACUCACAGCAUGUGCGGACGAAUACGAAGCACUGGCCAUCGGAAUCCUGAAUCAGUGCCAGGAAGACAACGACGACCAGACCCAGAAGAUUCUAAUCAGGGAGCAGCCCUCUUUUGGGAAGCUGACUUGUAUCGAUUUGGCAGUGGUGGCAGACAGCAAGCGGUUCAUUGCUCAAACCGGUUGUCAGGGUCUGCUGAAUUCUAUCUGGAUGGGCAGGAUGCAACCAUACAAUUCUAUGAAAACAUUCAUCUUUGCUCUCUUCUUUCCUCCUCUCAUUCUGACUUCAAUCUACUUCACAAACGACACCAGUCCCGAGGAGAGACAAAGAGGAGUGGGCGGGGCAGAUGGAAAGACACUCAGCCGCCGGAGCACAGUUCCAUCCGUGGCCAAGAAACAGAGUACAAAGCAGAUUGCUACUAGUACUAUGAUGUUCGGAGAUGACUCCAAUUUGAUAAUAGGAAAGACCGGAACAAGGUUGACUAAGUUGGAGAGGAUUAUCAAGUUCUACAAUGCACCAAUCACAAAGUUCUCGCUCAAUUUCGGGUCCUACUUGAUAUUCCUGGCUCUGUUCUCCGUGUUUGUCCUCAAUCAAUACCCCCUCGGAGAAAUCAACGGAUACGAGUCACUAAUCUGCAUUUGGGUUUUCAGCUUCGCUCUUGAAGAGUUCAGACAACUUCUGAUUGAAGAAUCUGAGCGCAUGUCGAAAAAACUUUUGAGCUAUGUGACCAGUUUCUGGAACCUGCUAGAUCUCGGAGGCCUCAGCUUGUUCUUGGUCGGACUCAUUCUAAGAGUGGUGGCAUUCCGCUUCUUGGAGGGAGAAGGUGAAGAGGACGCGGAUACGAGGAGGCUGCUGAUCGAGUGGGCUCACACUUCUUACGUGUUCAGUUUGGUAAUUUACUAUAUCCGACUGACUCACACGUGUUCGGUGUCGAAACAACUCGGACCUAAAGUCAUCAUGAUUGCUAAAAUGAUUCAAGACCUGGCCUUUUUCCUUUUCAUCCUAUUUGUGUUCCUGGUCAGUUAUGGAGUGGCUCUGCAGGCCAUCAUGUUUCCGAAUGAGACCAGCUGGAAAAAGAUCAUCCAGGGUAUUUUCUACUACCCUUACUGGCAGAUGUUCGGAGAGCUCUUCCUAGAAGAGAUAGGAAACACUGACAAGAUAGGCGACGAGGAGAGGUGUCAGACAUACAAUGGGACCUUGUCCUCCAGACCCGCCAGUACCCUGUACUGCGAGUCACCGGAGCAUGUGGACAGAGUGACGUCCUUCCUCUUAGUUCUCUAUCUUUUCUUCACUAACAUCGUGCUGCUCAAUCUCCUAAUUGCAAUGUUCACUUAUACGUUCGAGCAAGUUCAGGAAAAGACGGAUCUUUUUUGGAAGUUUCAUCUCUACGAGCUGAUCAAGGAAUACUUCCAGCGACCUGCCCUUCCUCCUCCGCUGAUCCUGAUCCAACAUGUCUACUUCUUCAGUAAAAUCAUCCUGAGCAAGUGUACCGCGAAGGUGAAGAUGCCGAACUACAACUUCAAAAUGCGCAUCCAGGAAUCCCCCAUCAUCCAGCAACUCAUCAAGUGGGAGGAUCUUAACGCCGAAGAGUACAUAAGAGAGUUGGACAGAGGAGAGCGGGAGAAGCUGGAGUACCAUGUGAGACAUGCAGAGAGUAAUACUGAGAAGAUCUUGGCCAGUCUGGUGGACCCCAUGAACGAGGACGACAGCACCAGUCUAUCUGAAAGGGUGUCCACAUUGGAGUCGAAGAUGGACACAGUUGGCAAGCAGUUGGAGUACAUGAACUCGAUGAUGCAGUUCGUGGCAGAUAGUGUGAGCAAGGGCAGAAGUGGACCACAGAGACCUCCUCCCCCAUCCACUGAACUCUUCUCCUCAUCAGAAUCACAAAAUCCUGCACGUCCCGACACUGUCAAGACAGUCCAGCCAGCAGCAGUAACAGCAGCCGCUGUUCCACCUACAGAUCAGAGCAAACUGGCUCCGAAAAAACCAGUCGGGCCCAAACAUGUGAAGGCCCUCAAACCAGAUUACUACGAAGUGAGACGCAUGGAGGUGCCGAGUUCUCUGAUUCCGUGGGAGAAGGUUUGGUUCGAAUAUGAACCGCCGAACUAUACACACCCGUUGGUGCUUGAGGGACCAGCCUGGGCUGACCUAGACUUCUCAAGUCCAGAAUUUGCUAGUCAGAAGAAACUAGUGCCAUGGAACAAGUGGGACACACUGAAGAACGUUGAUAGACGCAGUUUCACUGGCUUCUACUCACUUGGCAAGGAUGACUUGUUGCCGCGCAACCCAGUAGGACGCACCGGCCUCAGAGGCAGGGGAUUACUGGGAAGAUGGGGACCCAACCAUGCAGCUGACCCUAUCGUUACCAGGUGGAAGUUGGAUCCGAAUGGCAAUCAAGUAAUGAAGAAGGGCAAGCCUUUGUUGGAGUUUGUGGCCAUCACGAGAAAGGAUACUGGAGAAGUCGCCAUACCAGGGGGUAUGGUGGACCCUGGGGAGGAGGUGUCUGCGACUCUGCUGCGUGAGUUCAUGGAGGAAGCUGUGAGCUUCAAGAUAGAGCAGGCUCAUUCUUCCUCCCUCUCCCAACUGAACAGGGAGCAGAGGCUGAAGAAGAUCAAGGACCUCUUCUUCAAACACGGCAGAGAGAUCUACAGAGGGUAUGUGGAUGAUCCGCGUAAUACAGACAAUGCGUGGAUGGAGACAGUGGCUGUCAACUUCCACGACCAGGACGGAAAACUCAAAGACAGCCAGCUGCAGGGUGGCGAUGACGCGACCAGUGCCUUCUGGCAGGAGAUUUCAUCCAGUCUCAAUCUGUAUGCCAGUCACUAUGACUUCAUCAAACGCACAGCGGAACUGCAUGGUGCCCACUGGUGAUUUCCUAUCAUGAAAAAAGGCACCAGCGAAUGAAGAUGAAAACCCGACUUAAAGAUUUAUCAUUUCAACACAAUUAUUUCGUCUCAGUUAUCAGAACUGAUAGAUAGUCUCCUUUCUAAACUGUGGUACUUGGGUCUUUUCUGUUAUACGGUACAAAAAUAAUAUUUUUCUUAUCUUGAAAUCUGGAUCAUAAUGGUCGAAUCGGAUUGGUUGAAAUUAUUUCCAGCUACAGUUUGUCUGGAUUCUCAAUAAAAACAGUAGCUCAACUAACAAAUUGAAAAAUUUGGGCCGUAUAACAGAAAAAAACCCUGGUACUUUAACCUUUAGCAUUGCAAAUAGUCCCAAAAUUGACACACCGAAACUAAAUGUCUCGCUCUUUUCUAUCUUUUCUGAAAUUAUUGAUGAUUUAUAUGGUCCUGGUCAAUCUAAAAUUAAUAUUGAUUAAAACUUACCUUUCUU